CGGAGCGGAGCGGAGCGAGGCGAAUCCAGAACCUUCCAGCAGCUGGCGAAUAAAGGCUGUGCGCUCAGAAGCGGAGCCGCUUCAAGUCGUAACGGGAGGGAAAUCGGCGGUGUGGCGAAGCAUUACCCCCACAUCCACCGGGGCACUGUGAGCGCUGUCAGCUCUUGCUUGCUCGGUGACACCUCGGCUGGCCCGGGUCUGCUGUAACCCCCGCGCUCGCCUAUAGUGAUUGGCCUCGGCAGAGCGGCGAUGGUGAAGGAGACGGGCUACUAUGACACCCUGGGUGUCAAGCCCAACGCCUCCCCGGACGAGAUCAAGAAGGCGUAUCGGAAGCUGGCGCUGAAAUAUCACCCCGACAAAAACCCGGGCGAGGGCGAAAGGUUCAAACUUAUAUCACAAGCCUAUGAGGUUUUAUCAGAUCCUAAGAAGCGAGACAUCUAUGACCAAGGUGGUGAGCAAGCCAUUAAAGAAGGAGGAGUAGGGGGUGGUGGCUUCUCCUCGCCCAUGGACAUCUUCGACAUGUUCUUUGGUGGUGGUGGCAGAAUGCAAAGGGAGAAAAGAGGCAAGGACGUUGUGCACCAGCUGGCUGUUUCACUUGAAGAUCUUUACAAUGGGGCCACAAGGAAGUUGGCAUUGAAGAAAAAUGUAAUUUGUGACAAAUGUGAUGGUUUAGGAGGCAAGAAAGGAGCUGUGGAAAAGUGUGCAAAUUGCAAAGGCCGAGGGAUUGAAAUCCAUGUUCAACAAAUUGGACCGGGUAUGGUGCAGCAGAUUCAGACAAUGUGCUCAGAAUGCCAUGGACAAGGUGAACAGAUUAAUCCAAAAGACCGAUGUAAGAAUUGUAAUGGGCGCAAAAUUGUGAAAGAAAGAAAAAUAUUGGAAGUUCAUGUGGACAAAGGUAUGCAAGAUGGGCAGAAGAUAACCUUCCGUGGAGAAGGGGAUCAGGAGCCAGGAUUAGAACCUGGUGAUGUCAUCAUUGUACUUGACCAAACAGAACAUGAAGUGUUUCGAAGACAUGGAAAUGACUUGAUCAUGAAGAUGGAAAUAUUACUAGUGGAAGCUUUGUGUGGUUUCAAAAAAACAAUAGAAACACUUGACAAGAGAAUGCUUCUUAUUAGUUCCAAACCAGGUGAAGUUGUGAAAGAGAGCAGCCUUAGAUGUGUUUAUAACGAAGGAAUGCCUAUUUAUAGAGACCCAUUUGAAAAAGGACAAUUGAUCAUACAAUUUUCAGUGAAGUUUCCGUCAUAUGGAUGGAUUUCACAAGAAAAUUUGAUUGAACUGGAACAUCUGCUUCCACCACGUCAAGAACUAUUGAUCAGUGACGAUAUGGAACAUGUGGAGUUAUCAGAAUUUAGUCCAGAACAGCAGCGCAGAAAUUAUAGUGGGGAAGCAUAUGAAGAAGAUCAAAGACCUAGAGGUGGUGUUCAAUGUCAAACUUCUUAAUGAAGAGCAAAUAUUUGAGGGGUGAAAUAGACUUUGCAAUGCAUCAGAACUAUUUUAAUAUCCUAAAAAGCAUUGCUUUGGUUAUCCAGGAACAUAACAAGACAUUUCAUGUGCAUCAUAUACUUGAAAAACAAAGUGGUAAUUUGUUUUCCUUUUAGUUGUGGUGUAAGAGAAUACCUACAUUUUAAAAAAUUUGUGACAAGGAUUUGUGUGUAUUGAAGCAUUUUUUUUGUGUGUAUUGAUGCACGGUGUACUUUGUCCUAGUCUAUCUAAUGUUUGACCUGUUUAUGCUAAAACAUGGACCUAAACAUAAAUUUGAAGUGUCUUUCUAAGGGUCAUAAUGUCAUAAUUGGUAUUAAACUUAGGAUUAUCAAAUAAUGUUUUGGUGUCCUUGUCUUUGUUACAUGCCUCAAGGAGAUCUGUGAUUUUUUUUGUGUGUGAGAAUGAUGUAAUGGUCUUUUGGAGGUCACCUGAUGUAAUUUUCCCGCCGAUGUGAGGUCACGUGAUGACAUGUGCAUCACGGGUAUAUAAGGGAAGACCCCAGAUGAUGCAGUUAGUUUUUAGAUUUCCAGCUAGAACUUACUGUGUCUCCAUUUCUGUUCCAUAUUUGUUUUUAUGACGCAGUUUCAUUUUUUAAACUGUUGUUACGUUCUGUUGCAAGGUACAAUAUUGCUGGACCGAAAUUUUUGCUAGAUGUGUUGAUGUACCUUAUUCUAGCAGUAGAAGGGAGAGUGAAGACUUUAUCAAAGUACAGGACCCGAAGGAUUGAGAGGAGUCGGCAUCGUUUGACAGUUUAACAAAGGAUCGACCUUAUUGAGUCGUCGUUGCAGGUCACUACUCCUUCAUCGAAGAUAACUCUUGCCAAAAGAGCAAAGAGUUCAUGCAAGGUUUGCUUUCUAAAAGAAAUUAAGGUCAGUUAUUUUAAACUGUUUAUUUACUGUAUCCUGAAUCCUUCGGACAGAACCAGCAGGAAAGUCGCGUCUAUGAAGAAAUCUUUCUCCAGAGAAGUCUCUCCGAAUUGAACGUAUAAAUCUGUUGGACUUCGGAAUUUACCAUUUUAAGAACUAUACCUGACUUUACUGCUUUAAGAACUGUUUUCGCAUUUAAUGCUUUAAGAACCAGGGCCAAGUGACCAUUUGUUGAACGGCUGCAUAGCGGUUAACUUCCGGUUAAGGUUUUUGUUUUUUUUAAAUCGUUUAUCCGUGUUUAAUAAACGUUUGGUUGUUUUUAUAUAACCUGUCUUGAUUGAUAUUCACUGUUGCCGGUUAUGUAACAUGUUCCACUAUUAAACUGGGCUAUUUACAAUUGUAAGAA